UGGUUAUUAAGUCCUCCCCUUCCCUCCCCCCCAUUUCAUUUACUGUCCUUUCAAGUCUGGCAGGAGACACAUCAUUGUUCUGCCAUGCUCACAUUCCGAUCACAUAAUCUGAACUGUCAACAUGGUUAGAUCAGUCUGGGGAUGAGGUCCUGAUGAACUCCAACUCCCAGCAGGCCCCCAGAAGCCUCCAGGUUUCCAUGGCAGCGCGGCCCGGACAGGCGCCAAAUCCCCAGGAUUGAGAGCAGAGAGAGAGAGAGACUGGGCUCGCCCUGUAUCGCUGCAGAGAAAUCGCCCAGAAUUGGGUUCGUCCAGCCCGGCUCCAGAGAGAGAGCGAGCGUAGGCCUCAGAGGCAGGCAGCCGGUGCGAUGCGCGGUGAUAGGCGGCAAAAUGAUCCAGAGAUACAGCCGGAGGCUGCUGUCCACGCCGCCGGAGAUACAAAACCUAUUGCAUCACAGUGUUGAAAAUCAUCCACUGCCGGAUAAACUAGAAGAGUUUUCAACACCAUCUCCUAUCACCAGUGUUGAGGAUGUUGACUCCACCUGUAGUUGUGAGUCCGAGAUUUCUGAUGACACCAGUAACCAACCUUCACAGGAUGAUUUUGGACAUCAUUGGUCCGCUGCCAACAGUUACACGGGAACCAGGAUCUCCACUGCCUGCAGCUCUACCUUCUCUUGGGGUGACAAUGAAUUUGAGAACACAACCUCCCAACAGGUUCAACAAAUGCUCUGUGAGAUUGAUGAACUUCUGUUUGAAGAUAAAACAUGUUCUCAUGUGCAGAAGCUGGAGAAGGAGUGUCAGGAAUGGAAAUGGAGGUUCCCACAUUUUCGAAUUUUGGGGAAACAAAUAGUCCCUCCUGCUGAUGAAGCAUAUUGUUGGUAUCCUGGUCCAGAAAAUGUUGCUACUCCAUUGCCAACUUUCAGUUCAAGCUCUGAAGGAGAUGUGACUGAACUUUGUGUUCUUGGUAAAAAAGUGACCAUCUCGGAUCUUUCUCAAUGCAAAGAUGGUGACUUUAUGCAGAAGAUUGCCACAUUUCCUGGGGAAGAACAUGAAGAGGCUGAGAAUGGUGUGAUUAUUGCUGAAGGCAUUGUUGAGGAAUACCUCGUAGUUGACCGCCGAGAGCUGGAAGAUGAAAACUAUGAGAAGAAAUUGGCUCCUACUUUGCAGAGUGAAAGCAGACUGGGGCUACCUCUUGUCUCUCCGAGUCACUGCAGGAGAAAUAUAAUCGUGGCAGAGCUCUUUAAUGAGGUGUGGCUGGAAUUCCUGGGUUGUAUGGAGGAGCUGAUCCGGAAGCACUGGGAAGGGCACAUUUCAGAUGAAGAGAAGAGCACUGCCUCAGACGAAAGUGCAGGAAUCGAACAAACAAAUUUGUUCUUGCCCCUUGAACCGCAGUUAUCACAAGUUCGAGUACCAGCUUUGACCUCUUAUUUAACAAAAUCUCAGCGAUUUGAUUCAACUGAGUGGCUUGCUAUGCAACUUCAGAAGACAUUUAAGAGUCAACCACGGUGGUGUGGAUCGGGAGUCACAUACAGGACAGAUGAGGUUCAGCAAGCAUACUCUGGAGCAGUACAGAGCAGGCCAAGUAGUUUGCAGAUCCAAGGGAUUCCCUUUCAUCAGCCAAGCCCUUCAUUAUCUGGGAAGAUUCAAACUCAAAAUACAGCUAUAAGCAGUGGCAACUUCUGGAUGGACUGUACCAUGGAUCAAGAUGAGAGACCUGUUCUGCGACCACGUUCAAGCAUCAUCUCUUCAAACCAUUUUCGAGCAAACCAUCUGUUGGAACCUAGUGUUUCCUCUCUGUCCUACCCAGUUCCUUCUGCACGACGGCGCAAUCCUCCUCGGACACUGCACCCAAUACAUUCCAGUCUAUGUCACUCUGGAACUCCAACUGGAUCCAUUGAUGAAGUGGUGCAGGGUAUACGGCUACAAACAGCAAGUGAUCGCCUCUCUGCCUCAACGCUGCCUCUCAGACACAAUGCCCUACUUCCACCUAUCGGCAGCAUUGAUAUUGAUCAUUCAGCUGGAAAGUUAACUGCGCGACCACAGAAAAUACGAAUGUAUUCAAACCGGGCUCACAGUGCAGUCAUAGAUGAGACAAGCCAUCUGCCUCCAAAAGACAGACUUCUGGGUCAUGAGUACUUUACCAGACCCAAAACCUCACACACCUUCCGGUCAGAUAUUUCUUACCACCGGUCCUUCACCGCUCUGGAAUAUGCUCAUCACGCACACACUGACAGGAGAUUUGCUGGACCAGAUUCCAAUUCCACCGGAGUGACUGAACUGAAUUUGAAUAGUUCCAGCUCCUCUCACCUCGAAAUGUUGCAACAUCACAGCCACAGUGGGUCACUAAUUGAAGCUGAAGAGAAGGUGGAGGAGCAGACGUCACUGGGUCACCAUUUACCGCUCCCCAUCCCACCUCUUAUUCGUGGAGGCAUUGGCUCAAGAAGCAGGACUGCGUUAUAGAAAACAAUAGAAGGGAGCUUCAUGGAGGAAGAGUCUACCCUACCCAUUCUAGUGAGUGAUGUCUGGACCAAAGCAUGUUGUUAUUUGCACAAUUCAGGAACAUGGCCAGCAAGCAGCACACCCUCUCUGUCAAACUGAGUGGUUUUAUUCAGAACAAUGACUGAUGUAAAAUAUGUUAUCAACCAUCUGUUUAGGUUGGAUGCAACAUAAAAGGAAUUUUCAGUCCAUUUACUGUGAGAACCAAGUAGCGAUGAAUUAAUCAAAUUCCUGAUUGCUAGCUCAGCAAAGCCUUUAUCCAUAGAUUGAUAUUUACGAGGAUAGAAAUGCGUCAGUUUAACCUGAUCUGUUUGAUUUAUCUUCUUCCACACAGGCCUCUGCUAGCCAUUAAAAUGAUUUCAAAGGAAGCCUGUGGCAAGUGUUGAAAACUUCCUGCCUCCAGUAUCUAUGACUAAUUUGGUCACAGUUUUGAGAUGCUGGAUUUGCAAUUGGCUGUUGAAAUUACCUUGUACUGAUCUGUAAUGAGGGAGUGAGGGGGUCCCAGGAAUGUAUGGCCUUAAAAUGGGGUUCCUAGAAAGUGUGUGAGCUAGGUCCUAGACACAUGUGGGAUGGAGUACACAUGGGAACCUGUGGGAGGAGGGGGUACCAGGAACACCUGAUAGAAACAAGUCCCAGGAGUAUGUGAGAGGGAGUGGGUUUGGAAUGUGUGGGAGUUGAGGAUACUGGGAAUGUGUGCGGGUUAGUGAUCCCACUUGAAAUUGGCUUUUGGAAAAUGUUGUCCACAUUCUGAUUUGUGAACAUUAAAUUACAGAGAAUGUAAUGAUCUUUUAAUAUGGUCUGGCAGAGGCCUUAGUGGACACAUGACCUCUUGCUUCACAACCUCCAUUAUCUGUCUCCCUGCUCUUGCAAACCCCAUCAAAGGAGGAUAUAUGUCCAGUUACUCUGGCUUGAAAACAUGGGUAGAAUUUUUGUGAGUGAGCCCAAUGUGAACAUAAAAUGUCUAUUGAUGCACCAAGAAUGAAGUGAUAAUGAGGACAAUACAUUUGUCUUUUCACCCUUUUCCUGCCUUUGGGAAUUAAAACUCAGAGUCAUCUGUUCGAACAAGUUUAUAAAGUUUAUAAGAAUAAUAUAAUUGAUUGAUCCACAAACAGAUUAGAAUCACACUUUGUAACUUAUUCCAAGGCUCAUUGUUUCAUACUUGUGCUCUAAGUCGACGUUAAAACUGCUAAAGAAAACAUUGCUGGUCAGCAACACUGACAGAGAUAUAUUGCACAAAUGCUAACUGAUACUCAACUGACAAGCGGUUUAGCAGGGAAGGGUAGAUUCACUUCAAUUAAGUACACUACCCAGUACUGAUCUGAACAGCUUUUUGUCUCUGAUUUAAGCAGACAUUGUCCACAUUAUUCUAGAAUUGAAACUAAAAUGUUUAAUCUGUAUCUAUUAGACUGCUAUUAUGUUAAAAGGGACAUAGGAAUAGGAGAAAGCCAUCUAGUCCCUUGAUCUUGUUCAGCUACUCAGUGAAAUCAGAGCUGCUCUAUGACCUGAGUCCAUAUACCCAACCUUGCCCCUUAUUUGUUAAUAUAUCUGGAUAAUAAAACUAUUAGUCCCAGUUUAAUACGAGCAAUUAAUCCAAUGUUGUUUGGUAUUUACAGAAGAGAAUCCAAAUUUAUUCCCCUCUGUGUGGAAAAGUAUUUCCUAAUUUUACUGCUGAAAUAUCUGGCACUAAUUUUUAGGAUUAUAGAUUCCCCAGCUAGUGGAAGUAGUUUGUCCACUUUUAUCUGUUUUCCUUAAUAUCUGAAUAACUGCUUAAAUCACCCUGAAAGGUCUAAAUUCCUGGCAAUAGAAUUCCACUUUGAAGAUUCUCUCUUCAUAAUUAGCAGUUGCAGUAUCAUUCAGUUACUCUACACUUCCUCCAAAGCCAAGAGUGUCUUUCUGAAAAUCUGUUGGCCAGCACCAUUCAAAAUAUUCCAGAGAUGAUCUAUCCAGGACUGUAUACCUGUCAGUGGAUCUCUCCUUUGUUUAGUAGGUGUAUAAUUUUGCCAAACUGAACCUUGUAAUACAUUCAAAAUAAAAUUAUAUCUCCAGAUGAAUUCCAUUUCCCUUUGACUCCUGCUCAAAUCAUAAUUGCACAGGAUCCAAUCUACUCACUUGCCAAUACUUUACAUUAGAUUUUAGUAGGUUAAUUACUGUCUUUAAGGAUUAUCAGCACUGGGAGCAGGAGUAGACAAUUCAGCCCUUCGAUCCUGCUCCACCAUUCAAAAUGAUCAUGUCUGAUCUCAUCGCAUCUUCAACUCAUCUUUCCUGUCUGCUCUCAAUUAACCGUUUACUCAUUAAAUAUCUGUUUAGUCCAUCCCUGUCCUUGUUCUCUUAUCAUCAGCUGGCUGUGCUUGUGAUUUGAGAGACCAAUCAGCUGUGAACUUUACGUUUUCUGUGACCUUUGCACUACUUUAUACUGUGACAUUUCUCCUCUGCUUUACAUUUUCACCAGUAUUAAAAAUUACUUUGGACUUCCAUUGGUUUCUCAUCAAUGACAGCUAAGUCAGCCUGGGAUGUAGCUACAUCAUUCCCACGCUCUCAGCUGAAAAUACUUAAUGUCUUGAGGCAUUUCGGAUUGAGGUCAAAAUCAGCUCUCUCAAUCCUUCUCUCCUCCAAAUAAUGCUCAAUGUCCAAAGAUGAUCUGUGAAGUCUUUGUUGGAUCCAGUUUCACUCCAUCUUCACCCUUCUCUUCCACAUCCAGUUCGCCAUCCUUCCCCUCCUUUCCACUCCCUGCACAACUCUACCCUCUACUUCCAUUUCUUCCUUCCUUCCAUUUCUAGUUCCUGUGACCAGCCUUCCAUUUCCAAUUCUCUCACUUCACCCACUCCUCAGAUCCUCUAAAUAUCUUCUGCUCUUUAGCUAUGCUUUUCUCUAUUCCCAACCCAUUCACAACCACAUACAAUGAACACUUGCCAUUUCCUUUAUCCAUCAGUUCUGCAGUAUCAGGUGAAUGUGUAUAAUAAUCUUCAUGCCACAGUUUCUGUUCUCUAACUUUCAGAUGUCUUGUCAACCAAUGUUGUUGUGUUCAGAGUGUGGGAGAAUACCUCAGGAUCACAAGACAUUCUGAUCGUCACUGUUUGGUGAUAUCCAUGAGAGGAUCAGAGGAUUGAUUGAUUCAUUUAUUCAUUGUUCAGAGG